CAGUCGCGGGUCCUUCAAAUGCUGGCCAACCUAGUACUGUGAGUACUAUGACCGUCGCGUGACUCUGUAGUUGAACAUACUCCUAAACCCUAUGGCGCCCCUUCUUCCUCCGUCGCCUCCUUCGGGCAGCCCGAGGCUGCUCAAGAGCGGCAGCGGCAGCGGCAGCGAGUGGAACGUGGUGGUGCAGAGGAACGUCAAGUCCUUGCUGCUGCUCCUGCUAGCCAUCUCCACGGUCGCCGCAUUCUCCAUCCUCUACUCGUCCCGGAGCUUGACGGUGGCCAGGACGGCCGACGAGGCGCUGACGCAGAGCCCACUGCUCGCCGCCCUCGACAUGAGCAGCCGGAUACCAGAGGAUGACGACGAUCAAAGCGACGAGCCAACGUUCCCUGCGGACGACAGCGUGACGCCUGAGCAGAGCACAGCUGCAGAGGUCGUCUCCUUGCCGGCUGCUGCACCGAGCACAGCUGGUCCAAGUGAGUCAGCCAUGCAGCUCGAGGAGAAAUGCGACAUUUCCAGGGGCAAAUGGGUGCGGGAGCCGAACGGCCCGGUGUACACCAACCUGACGUGCCCCAUGCUGCCGGACUUCAAGAACUGCCAGAAGUUUGGCAAGGACGAUGGCCACCUCUACUGGCGGUGGCAGCCGGACGGCUGCGAGCUGCCGCGGUUCGUGCCGGGGCGGUUCCUCGACGUCGUCCGUGGGAAGCGGCUCGCCUUCAUCGGCGACUCGCUGGCCCGCAACCAGAUCGACUCCCUGCUCUGCCUCCUGUCCCAGGCUGAGGCGCCCGUGGACGUGUACUCGGACGCGUUCGACAAGUUCCGGACAUGGCACUUCCCCGCGCACAAUUUCACGCUCAUGGUGAUGUGGACGGAGUUCUACGCGCACGCCGUCCCCGUAGUCGGCGCCGACGGGAAGCCCACCUCCUCCUUCGACAUCCACCUCGACAGGCUCGGCGCCGACUGGACGAGCCGCCUGCCGGGCCUGGACUACGCCGUCAUCUCGGGCGGCAACUGGUUCUUCCGCGUCAACUACCUCUGGGAGGGCGGCCGCCGCGUGGGCUGCCUCAACUGCGCCGGCAACGACGCCAACCUCACCGACUUGGGCGUCGCCUACGCCGUCCGCCGCGUCGUCAGGGCGGCCGUGGAGGGCAUCGCGCGCUGCCGUGGCUGCAAGUCCAACCUCGUCACCUUCCUGAGGACCUACUCGCCCGACCACUUCGAGCACGGCUCGUGGUUCAACGGCGGCUACUGCAACAGGACGGCGCCGCUGGAGGAGCGGGAGGUGAGCAUGGAGAGCAUCGCGUGGGAGCUGAGGAAGGUGCAGAGGGAGGAGCUGAGGCGGGUGAGGGCGACCAAGAGGAGUUUCGGGGUGCUGGACGUGACCAAGGCCAUGAUGAUGCGCGCCGACGGCCACCCUGACAAUCACUUCGACAGCAGGUGGAUGAGGAACGGCAGCGACUGCUUGCACUGGUGCCUGCCGGGACCCGUCGACAUGUGGAACAGCGUGCUGCUCCAGAGGCUCGCGGAGGUCACGCCGCCGCCGGUCGCGCGGUGAUCAUCCGGCCUCGCGUACGCACGUGGUUUUGCGUUGUCGGCGUUGUGCUGUACGUUGUUGUCCCAAGUUAAUUAGGAAUCAUGCGUGCAUCUUUUUGAAAGUUGUUAACUGUAUAAAACCCGCCGCAAAAAUUGUACUCCUACUUAAACUGGUGAAAGAUUUUUGUACUACACACAGAGUGGCGCAUCAUUUUGAAACU